AUGAAAAUUCUCAUUGCUGAAGACAAUCAUUACCUUCAAAAUUUACUACACUUUGUUAUGAAUCAGUGGGGGUAUGAUUAUGAUCUUGUUCAUAAUGGCUUAGAAGCUCUUUCUACAGCUCAAACAACAACUUACGAUCUCUGUCUAAUGGAUCUACAAAUGCCACUUUUAGAUGGAUAUCAGGCUACUAGACGAUUACGUAAACUCGUUCCCUAUUUUCCUAUUGUUGCCUUUACUGCAACUGGGACACUAGAAUACAAUUCUCUAAUAGAUGAUUGUUUACAAAAACCCUUUGAGUUGACUCUACUCAAAAGAACCAUUGAACAGUUGACUGUUAAAAGAUCAACACUCAUACUCAAUAAACACAAUGACAUCAAUCUUAAAAAGGAGACUCCUAUGGAUUCAGAACAUUUACGGGAACUUAGAGCAUUAGAUCAAAAAGGAUUAACAAAACUGGUCAUUCGUAAUACAGGAAAUGAAGUUAUUGUCGCCAAAAAUGUUCAAAAUAAGAUUACUCAUGACCUCAUCGCAAAAGGACAAGAGUUAGCUGUCUUUUUAGACCGUUCUGACAAACCAGGAGUUUGUCAUCUCUACAAGUCAACGCUUCAUAUGACGACAGGAUAUCUGUUGCCAGAAUCAAUGGAAGCCUUAAUAGAGGAAGAAGAUUUAGCUCUAGCUAGUAUGCAUCAACCUGCAUUAAAUCGGGAACAAGACUAA